AUGGCCAGUUGUAGCCAUGUCCGCUCCUUCGCGGCCUGCCUCCGGUAUCCUCAGACCAUGCGACUCACUGCCAACUCUCUAAGAUCGCCGUGUCGCAGCAUAUCAAGCGGCUCAUUCUCGCGCGCACCCACCUUCAAUCUGCAUCUCUCCUUACACCGAUGCCGACAAGCCUCAUCUCCAACGUUAUUUCGGUCGCUCGGCCGGCGGCAUAUCCAUGCCCAACAGUUCCAGCCCUUUGUCCCCCCUCCUCCAUCCUCUCUUGGAAAACCAGUUGCGGCCAAAAGCUAUCGACGAACCCUUACAUGGCUUCGGCGGUUUAUCUACCUCACGCUAUCUCUCGGCACAAUAUACACCGUUGACCAGUAUUUCUACGCCUCAUGCCUCACCCGCACCGCCCGCACGUUCGCGCUCGGCAUCAUAGUCGCCAUCGACUACAAACUCGACUUUCGUCCCGACCCUCCCCUCGCCAGUUCCAUAGCCGCAGUCCACGCUCGCAAUGCCGAGCGCUUGUCCGAACUACUCCGUGUCAAUGGUGGUCUAUACCUGAAGAUCGGCCAGGCUAUCGCCAUGCAAUCGGCCAUCUUGCCGCCAGAGUUCCAGAAGAUGUUCUCGCGCAUGUUUGAUGAUGCGCCGCAGAAUGACUGGGAGGAUGUAGCGCGGGUGAUUGAAGAGGACUUUGGAAAGCCGGCUGAGGAGGUCUUUGGCGUGUCGUUUACGGGAGAACCCGGUUCGGGAGUUAUGGAGAGGACGGCAAGGGCGAGUGCGAGCGUUGCACAGGUACAUUGGGCGAAGUUGAGUGAUGGGAGGGAAGUGGCUAUCAAAAUUCAGAAGAAAGAGAUUGCACAGCAGGUUAAAUGGGACCUGUGGGCUUUCAAGGUCGUUACGUGGGUGUACAGCCGAGUUUUUGAUAUCCCAUUCUACAGUCUAAUACCGUUUGUCAACGAGCGUCUUUUCUUGGAAACUGAUUUUGAAAAUGAAGCCGAUAACGCCGAGCGAAUGGCCAGAUUCAUCGCAGCUGAGCCACGUCUCCGAAAUAGAGUUUACAUUCCAAAAGUGUACCGUGAGCUGAGCUCAAAACGAGUAAUGACUGCUGAAUGGAUUGAAGGUGCUCGAUUAUGGGAUAAAGAUACUAUCACCCGGCCCUGGUAUGGGGGGUGGCGCGAAGGUAGCCCAGGAUGUUAUGGAACACCGCUGGAUCCUCGAGGCACGAAGCCAGCUCCUCGACCAUCAUCCUAUAAUCAUUCUACCGCGGAGAAACUCAAGCCAGAACGAGACCACUGGAAAGGCCGGUAUGGCCGUGGUGGCUUGGGAUUAUCACUUAACGAAGUUAUGAAGACAAUGGUUGAUCUCUUCUCGGCGCAAAUGUUUCUCUGGGGAUGGCUACACUGUGAUCCGCACCCUGGCAACUGGUUUGUCCGCCGCAAACCUAACGGAAAAGCCGAGCUUGUUCUUUUGGAUCACGGUCUUUACGUCCACAUGGAGCCUAGCUUCAGACACCAAUAUGCCCGACUCUGGAAAGCCCUUUUGACAUUUGACAACAAGAGUAUCAGUGGGAUUGUGAAGGAGUGGGGUGUCAACAAUGCCGACUUGUUUGCGUCCGCCACCUUACUGCGGCCAUACCAGGGGGGAGAAAAGACGACGUCCAAGGCGCUUGAAGGCUUGAGCAAAAAGGAAAGGGCCAAGUUGCAAUACGAAAUGCAGCAGGCGAUGCGGCAAGCGGCUCGCGAAUUCCUUGGUGACGAGACCAAAUGGCCUCGCGAGCUCAUCUUUAUAUCGCGCAACAUGAGAAUCGUGCAGGCGAACAACCAGUUCCUGGGCUCCCCCGUGAAUCGCAUCAAGAUCAUGGGCAUCUGGGCAUCCCGCGCGCUGGUCGAAUCCCCUGACUUGCCCCUGUCGGAGAAGAUCAAGAACUACGGUCGGCACAUCGUGUUCAAGUUCGUGCUGCUCAGUUCAGAUGUCUUUUUCUAUUUUUACAAGAUUCGGCAAAUUCUGGGUCUAGGAGGAGGGAUGGAGGAUGAGCUCGAAGCCCAAAUGAAACAUAUGGCGAGAGACAUGGGAGUUGAGCUCAGCCAGCCUGUAUUUGAAGGGUGA